UCAUGGCCAGCCCCCGAACGAGGAAAGUUCUGAAAGAAGUCCGAGUGCAAGAUGAAAACAACGUGUGUUUUGAGUGUGGUGCAUUCAACCCUCAGUGGGUGAGUGUGACCUAUGGCAUCUGGAUCUGCCUGGAGUGCUCGGGGAAGCACCGCGGGCUCGGGGUGCACCUCAGCUUCGUGCGCUCCGUGACCAUGGACAAGUGGAAGGACGUAGAGCUGGAGAAGAUGAAAGCUGGAGGGAAUGCAAAAUUCCGGGAGUUCCUGGAGUCUCAGGAAGACUAUGACCCCUGCUGGUCCAUGCAGGACAAGUACAACAGCAAGGCUGCGGCCCUCUUCAGGGACAGGGUAGCCACGCUGGCUGAAGGCCGAGAAUGGUCUCUGGAGUCAUCGCCUGCCCAGAACUGGACCCCACCCCAGCCCAAGACACUGCCAUCCACUGCCCACCGAGCCUCCGGCCACCCGCAGAACUCGACCUCCUCCUCAGACAAGGCAUUUGAAGACUGGCUUAAUGACGACCUUGGCUCCUAUCAGGGGGCCCAGGAGAACCGCUACGUGGGAUUUGGGAACACGGUUCCGCCUCCAAAGAGGGAGGAGGACUUCCUCAGCAGCGCCGUGUCGUCCCUGUGCUCGGGCUGGAGCAGUUUUACCACCGGAGCAAGCAAGUUUGCCUCGGCCGCUAAGGAGGGUGUGAGUAGCCCAUCCCAUCACCCCGCCCGCAGGGCCCACACAGGCUGUGCUGGUCUGGAGUCUGGGGGUAAAGAAGGGUCUUGAAGGGGCUCCGAUGAGGGGUGGAGGGUGUUCCCAGCCCCAGGGCUCCCUCCCAGGCCCAGGCCCUGCACCGUGGGCCCCA